CCUCCUCCUCUACACACACAACGAGCAAAACCUCUUGCUCUCAACUCCCCCCUCCUCAACCACUUCACAGCGCCGCUGACAAUCAGCUCACGGCACUCGCUGCACGCUAAAAGCCAAAAAGCAACCCAACCCCCCAACCAACCCCACGUUGAUCCUUCCCCACGCCUGCAAAUCCCUACCCCAUACUUAGAUCAGCAUCAUGGCCGUGGUCCGUGACGUUCACCAGCCCCUCCUCUUCGAGGUCGCCUGGGAGGUGGCCAACAAGGUCGGCGGUAUCUACACGGUCAUCAAGACAAAGGUCCCCGUCACUGUCAAGGAGUUUGGUGACCGAUUCACGCUCAUCGGUCCUCUGAGCUACAAGUCUGCCCCAGUCGAGGUCGAGGCCGAGGAGCCAGAACCCGGCACCCCGCUCGCCGAGUCGCUCCAGGCUAUGAAGGACCGCGGUGUCAAGUACCUCUACGGCCGAUGGCUCAUUGAGGGCGCCCCACGUGUGCUUCUCUUCGACACUGGCAGCGCCCACGACCGUCUUGACGAGUGGAAGGCCGACCUCUGGAACAUUGCCGGCAUCCCCACGCCCCCCAACGACCACGAGACGAACGAGACGAUCCUCUUCGGCUACCUCACCGCAUGGUUCCUCGGAGAGUUCACCUCGCGCUGCCUUGACAAGGCUGUUAUCGCCCACUUCCACGAGUGGCAGGCUGGCCUGGCCAUUCCUCUCUGCCGCAAGCGCAAGAUUGACGUGACGACCAUCUUCACCACCCACGCCACUCUUCUCGGCCGCUACCUCUGUGCGGGCAGUGUAGACUUCUACAACAACCUACAGUACUUUGACGUUGACCAUGAGGCGGGCAAGCGCGGUAUCUACCACCGUUACUGCAUUGAACGCUCGGCGACGCACUGCGCCGAUGUCUUCACGACCGUUUCCCACAUCACGGCGUUCGAGAGUGAGCACCUGCUCAAGCGCAAGCCCGACGGUGUCCUGCCCAACGGUCUCAACGUCGUCAAGUUUGCCGCCAUGCACGAGUUCCAGAACCUUCACGUCAAGGCCAAGGAGAAGAUCAACGACUUCAUCCGCGGCCACUUCUACGGUCACUUUGACUUUGACCUCGACAACACCAUCUACCUGUUCACGGCUGGUCGUUACGAGUUCCGUAACAAGGGUGUUGACAUGUUCAUCGAGUCGCUUGCUCGCCUGAACCACCGCCUCAAGACGAUGGGCUCCAAGAUGACGGUUGUCGCCUUCAUCAUCAUGCCUGCGGCGACCAACUCGUACACUGUCGAGGCCCUCAAGGGCCAGGCCGUUACUGGCCAGCUCAAGGACGUUGUCAGCCAGAUCACUGAGCGCAUCGGCCAGCGCAUCUUUGAGCACGCCUCGAGAUACAACGGUACCCACGGUACCGAGGUCCCCAACCCCGAGGACCUCAUGUCCAAGGAGGACAAGGUUCUCCUCAAGCGCCGCGUGUUUGCCCUCAAGCGCACCACCCUCCCCCCUGUCGUGACGCACAACAUGGCCGACGACGCUGCGGACCCGAUCCUGAACCAGAUUCGUCGUGUCCAGCUCUUCAACCGCACGUCGGACCGCGUCAAGGUCAUCUUCCACCCCGAGUUCCUCAACUCGAACAACCCGAUUCUCGGCCUCGACUACGAGGAGUUUGUCCGUGGUUGCCACAUGGGUGUCUUCCCAUCCUACUACGAGCCGUUCGGCUACACGCCGGCCGAGUGCACGGUCAUGGGUAUCCCCAACAUCACGACCAACCUGUCGGGCUUCGGCUGCUUCAUGGAGGACCUGCUCGAGUCGCCCGAGGACUAUGGUUGUUACAUUGUCGACCGCCGCAACCAGGGUGUCGACGAGUCGGUCGAGCAGCUCACCAACCAGCUUCUCGGCUUCACAAUGAAGUCGCGUCGCCAGCGUAUCAACCAGCGUAACCGUACGGAGCGUCUCUCCGAGCUCCUCGACUGGAAGUCGCUUGGUGUCGAGUACGCAAAGGCUCGUCAGCUUGCGCUCCGUCGUGCCUACCCCGACUCGUUUGACGACGACGAGCCCGAGUUUACUGGCGUGCAGCGUGUCGGUGCUCCUCUGUCCGCUCCUGGAAGCCCGCGCUUCCGUUCGGGUAUGAUGACGCCCGGUGACUACGCAACGCUCACCGAGGAGAUGGAGCACCUGAGCACAACCGACUACAUGGGUGGCAAGUCGUGGCAGGGCAUCAACGACGUCGACGACGAGAGCCACUAUGGCUUCCCUGUUGUCAUGAAGGGGCGCACUCGGUCCGACUCGCUCGGUUCUGCUAUUUCUGGCCGCCAGACGCCAUCUGGCAGCCGCAAGCUGACCGAGAAGGACUUGGACGCGGCGGACGCGGCUCUGUCUUCGCACAGUGCCAAUGGCAACGGUCACUAAGCCGAUUGCUUUGCAAGCAUAACCACAUUGAACCACAACGACUACAAAGACCACAUUGAUAACGAUGUGUGAUUGCGCGGAGGUUGGCCGAGCGGAGUGUGUGAGUGGGUGAAUGAUUCCGGAUUCCAGUACGAGUACCAGUGUCGUCAUGACGUAUCGUAUCCUCCUCGAUAGUUAGCUUAAUCUGAAUGAAUGCACGGUGUUUGUUUGG